CGCGCCGGUGGGAGUCGGGAGACGGGAGACCGUGGCUGGAGUCCAAACACCGCUCUAUCUGGAGGUUCCCAGCUUGGGCCCCUCAUCUCUGAAACCCAGGCGAAGGAAGGCGAGACAUCGCGGGAGUCCUUUCAGCCUGGCCACGACUUACGGUCUUCAGAGCUAAUGUUCAUUGGUCCCACAAAGGGAUCCCACGUCGCACCCAGGACAUUGAAGCCGUGAGGCAGGGAGCCGGAGGUCGUCUGGAUUCUUCUGCACUAGUCGGUUUUCGAACUAGAGGGGGUUUAGGGAUCACCAGUCCGAGUCCUACUCUUUACAGAUUGAGGAAACCGCUCCCGAGAGGGACCGGAAUGGGUCCAAGGCCUAUUGCCCCCCAGGCUCUAUGCGGGGGUUCGGCAAAUUUAGUGAGGAAAAGGAGAAAGUGAUUGAAGAUGGAACCAUAUAUGGAGAUUCUGCUGCCCUCUGACUUCCAGCCAUUACGAUCACCACCCACUACCAUUUCCUGAACACCUCCUCUGUGCUGGGCUCUGCCUUGGACAGUGUGGGGGGAUUCAGAAGAGAUAAAAUCACAAUCCUUGCCUUAAUUUGGGAACUGAAACCCACUCAAAUGGAGCGGCGUAAGAAUAGUGACAAGCAGUAUUUCACUAGAAUGUGUACUAGGAAAAAAGUUCACGCAUUUGUCCGUGUCAAACCGACUGAUGUCUUUGCUCAUGAAAUGAUCAGAUAUGGAGAUGACAAUAAAACCAUUGACAUUCACUUAAAAAAGGACAUUCGGAGAGGAGUUGUCAAUAACCAACAGACAGACUGGUCAUUCAAGUUGGAUGGAGUUCUUCACGAUGCCUCCCAGGACUUGGUUUAUGAGACAGUUGCAAAGGAUGUGGUUUCUCAGGCCCUCGAUGGCUAUAAUGGUUUUUAGGAUGAUCGAAGAACGCCCCACACAUGCCAUCACUGUGCGUGUUUCCUACUUGGAAAUCUAUAAUGAGAACCUGUUUGAUCUGCUGUCUACUCUGCCGUACGUUGGACCCUCAGUCACACCAAUGACCAUCGUGGAAAACCCUCAAGGGGUCUUCAUUAAGGGCUUGUCAGUCCAUCUCACAAGUCAGGAGGAGGAUGCAUUCAGCCUCCUUUUUGAGGGUGAGACCAACAGGAUUAUAGCCUCCCACACUAUGAACAAGAACUCUUCCAGAUCUCACUGCAUUUUCACCAUCUACUUGGAGGCCCAUUCCCGGACCUUAUCAGAGGAAAAGUAUAUCACUUCCAAAAUUAACUUGGUGGAUCUGGCAGGCUCAGAGAGGCUGGGGAAGUCUGGGUCUGAGGGCCGAGUCCUGAAGGAAGCCACCUACAUCAACAAAUCGCUGUCGUUCCUGGAGCAGGCCAUCAUUGCCCUCGGGGACCAGAAGCGGGACCAUAUCCCCUUUCGGCAGUGCAAGCUCACUCAUUCUCUGAAGGACUCAUUAGGGGGAAACUGCAAUAUGGUCCUCGUGACAAACAUCUAUGGAGAAGCUGCCCAGUUGGAGGAAACGCUGUCUUCACUGAGAUUUGCCAGCAGGAUGAAGCUAGUCACCACUGAGCCUGCCAUCAAUGAAAAGUAUGAUGCUGAGAGAAUGGUCAAGAACCUGGAGAAGGAACUAGCACUGCUCAAGCAGGAACUGGCCAUCCAUGACAGCCUGACCAACCGCACCUUUGUGACCUAUGACCCAAUGGAUGAAAUCCAGAUUGCUGAGAUCAACUCUCAGGUGCGGAGGUACCUGGAGGGGACGCUGGAUGAGAUCGACAUAAUCAACCUUAGACAGAUCAAGGAGGUGUUCAACCAGUUCCGCGUGGUUCUGAGCCAACAGGAACAGGAAGUGGAGUCCACUCUGCGCAGGAAGUACACCCUUAUUGACAAGAAUGACUUUGCAGCCAUUUCUGCUGUCCAGAAGGCAGGGCUUGUGGAUGUUGAUGGCCACCUAGUGGGUGAGCCUGAAGGACAAAGCUUUGGACUCGGAGUCGCCCCUUUCUCUACCAAAUCCGGAAAGAAAGCCAAGUCCAAGAAGACAUCCAAAGAGCCGCUCAGCUCCUCAGCAAAAAAGGAAGGUGCCAGCAGCCCUGUGAGUGCCAAGGACUUGGAUAUGGUUUCCACCUCCAAGACCCAGUUGGUCCCAUCCUCCAAGGAUGGGGAUGUCAAAGACAUGCUUUUGCGGGACCGGGAAACCUCCAGCAUUGAGCCCCCUCCCUCGGACUCCCCCAAGGAGGAAUUACGCCCAAUUAGGCCCGACACCCCACCCUCCAAACCAGUGGCCUUUGAGGAGUUUAAGAAUGAGCGAGGUAGUGAGAUCAACCGCAUUUUCAAAGAAAACAAAUCCAUCUUGAACGAACGGAGGAAAAGGGCCAGCGAGACCACACAGCGCAUCAAUGCCAUCAAGCAGGAGAUUGAUGUGACCAAGGAGGCCCUGAAUUUCCAGAAGUCACUACGGGAGAAGCAAGGCGAGUAUGAAAACAAAGGGCUGAUGAUCAUCGAUGAGGAGGAAUUCCUGCUGAUCCUGAAGCUCAAAGACCUCAAGAAGCAGUACCGCAGCGAGUACCAGGACCUGCGUGACCUCAGGGCUGAGAUUCAGUACUGCCAGCACCUAGUGGAUCAGUGUCGCCACCGCCUGCUUAUGGAAUUUGACAUCUGGUACAAUGAGUCCUUUGUCAUCCCUGAGGACAUACAGAUGGCACUGAAGCCAGGCGGCAGCAUCCGGCCAGGCAUGGUCCCUAUGAACAGGAUUGUGUCUCUGGGAGAAGAUGACCAGGACAAAUUCAGCCAGCUGCAGCAGAGGGUGCUUCCUGAGGGCCCUGAUUCCAUCUCCUUCUACAACGCCAAAGUCAAGACAGAGCAGAAGCAUAAUUACUUGAAAACCAUGAUGGGCCUCCAGCAGGCACAUAGAAAAUAGAGCCUCAUCACCAGUACCUUAAAGGACAAGACCAGCAACCCCAGCCCGCUGUAGUGGAGCUGCUCAAACACCUGCCCACAGCUGCAGCCCCUCUACUCCAAGGCUGGGACUCAGCACAGAGAACAGACAUGGCCUGCCUGCUGGGAGAAGCAUCCUCCAAGGACACCCUUGCUCAUCUCCACAGAGCACUUUUGGUUUUAAUUCACUGUCUUACAUGUAGGGACAGGAUAAAAUAACUUUCUAGUUUGGACUUU